UGCUUACUGCAUCUGGUUCCAGUGUGAAAUUUUGAAUCAAGUUUUGCAGGAUGCAUACAUUUUUGCUCAUGGUUGUGUGGGCUAUACUGAGUGGCGCCCGCUCUGACACCCAGCAAGCAGAUGUCGAGACACUCAUGGAUAAUGUUGUGGUCCUGAGGGUGCCCUCUUUUACGGGUAGCAUGAUUCACGUUCCUUUGACCUGCGGAGAAGCUUUUCAGAAUGAGCCUGUGUUUUGGAAGAAAAAUGGUCAGGAGCUCAAUCCUCCUCUGCAGGGGAACCAAGUCCAGGUCCUGGUGGAGGAGAUGAAAGGAGGGAACUACACUUGCCACCUCAGUCCAAGUGGAGAAUACCUGAACCACACUAUGAUCUUAAUCCAGCUUAAUCCAGACAACAGGACAGUCAUAUUGGAAAACAGAGAAGGAGGUCACAUCCACUGCUCGGCACCAAACUAUACAGGAUUCUUUCACUGCUCCUGGAAAAGAACAGCGCUCAGAUCUGAUGCCAGUGUGGUUUUGGUUAAGGCUGAACGUUUUACCGAAGAUAUCCCCUGUGAGCUGGAUGCUGAUGCAUCAGGGGUUCGCUGCCAGGAUGCCCACUGCCCAUACAAAGAGGAGCAACAUCGCAUUUCCUUCACCGUUUACAUACGCAGCCAUGCUCGUUUGGAGACCUACACAAAGUCUUUCUACCUGAGAGAAAUCGUGAGACCGUCAAAACUCCCUAACCUGCACAUCAGUGAUGGGAAGGUGUUCAGCUGGGACUACCCUGAUACUUGGGAGAAACCCUGCAGCUUCUUUGGCCUACAGUUUGAGGUCAAGCUGGUGCACAGUGGACAUCCCUGCAACAGUGACAAUCAAAUAAUUAAUAUCACCACUGAUACAACCAAAUAUGAGGUUGGCGUUAAGACCAAGAAGUAUGUUUUCUGUGUGCGAGCUCAGGACAAGUUCACCAGAGGGCCGUGGAGCCACUGGAGUCAGUGCACAGUGAACAAACAUAACGUGGCAUGCUAAGCGUUAGCCGCUGGACUCUGCUGCCGCACCAGAAAGAGGAAAACAGUUUUUAAAAAUAUUGUAAUUCAGAAGGAAAAAAAAAUGGUCUAAUACAUUUUUUCAAGUGAUGCACAACAUAUGAAGCUGUGCUUCAGGAGUGAAUGUAUACCUGUACAGUAUUUAUUCAUCCCUCUUCAUCCCCAUUCGUUAUGUCUGUGGAACUACAGAACAAUGUUACAAUAAUGAUUUGUACUGUGAUUGAAAUGAAUUAGUAUUUCCUUCAUGCCCUUUUUAACUUAUUUAUAUCUGUUCAGAAUGUUUCUCAACAUUUUAUAAUAAAUUAAUGAACAUGUCA